AUGCGUUGCCUUAUUCUUCUGGCUUUCGGCUUAUGUUGCCUUCUCUCUGUUUCUGCUAAGAUGCAGAAUGUAACCGUUCAAGGAGUUGCUGUCUGCAACAAGAAGCGCGUUCCUAACGUGAAGGUUCAAUUGUGGGAUAAGGACACCCUUGAUCCCAACGAUCUCCUCGGAGAAGUUACCACUGACUCUGAAGGAAACUUCAAAGUUUACGGAGAAGAAGAUGAGGUCGGAAGCAUUGAACCAUUCCUUCGUAUUGAACACGGCUGUGCUGUAUCUAAGAAUGGCUGCAUCCGUACUAGUGAAUACAUCGUACCCAAAGAGAAGAUUGGAGGAGUUUACGAUAUGACCUAUGUCACUUUGGACAUCAAGGUUCACGGAGACAAAGAAAAAUGCUAA